AUCUGGCGCGACCCCCCUCGCGCGCCCGAUUCCGGCGCGCCCCCUUUCUCUCCCGCUCCCCGCGGCGCUGGGCCUCUUUAGGCGCCCGAUCCCGGCCAGGGUCCCCUCGUUCCUGCCUGCCGGACGCCGCUAACGGUUUCGUGUACGGCUUCCGGGGGAGACUCCGCGCGUCCAUCCGUGUGCCGGGCUGGGCCGGGGGUCGCGAUGUCGGGCGGGGACUCGGCGGCGGCUGCGGCCUCCCCUCAGCCGCUCCCCUUCUCCUUGCCGAAGCCCCCUCCCCUCAUGCAGCUGACGCCGGGGGACGCCGUCCGCCCCGUUGCCUCCGCUGCGGACCAAUCGCCGAAGAGUUCCCGGUUGGGAGGCCGCCCGGAUUGGCCGGGUGGGAAGCCUGUCAGCCUCCUGGCCCCGCUGCUCCCGCCCCGCGGUGAGCCCGAGCCUCUAAUGCCUUUUGGCCCCUCGUCGCGGCAGCAACUUAGAGGGAGGCUUCUUGGCAGGUGUGGCGGGGGGGGCCUCCUGAACCCCUCGAUGAGGCCGGGCGGAGUGGAUAGAGGAUCCCUCAUGAUGGGGCACCCAGGUAUGCCGCAUUAUCCACCUAUGGGAAUGCACCCAAUGGGCCAGAGACCACCGAAUAUGCCACCAGUUCCACAUGGAAUGAUGCCUCAGAUGAUGCCUCCAAUGGGAGGACCACCAAUGGGGCAGAUGCCUGGAAUGAUGCAGUCAAUGAUGCCUGGAAUGAUGAUGUCUCAUAUGUCCCAAGCGCAUAUGCAGCCUACUGUACCGCCAGGAGUAAACAGUAUGGACACACAAGUAGGCACUACACCUCCUGGAACACAGAUCACACAUCAAAUAGUUUGCGCAGCCCAGCAAACCACCACAACCAACAGUUCUAUAAAUGAAGAUCCUUCUAAACAGAAAUCUAUGUGGACUGAACAUAAAUCACCAGAUGGAAGAACUUAUUAUUAUAAUACUGAAACAAAACAAUCUACAUGGGAGAAGCCAGAUGAUCUCAAAACACCUGCUGAGCAAUUGUUAUCUAAAUGCCCUUGGAAAGAGUACAAAUCUGACUCUGGAAAGCCUUAUUACUACAAUUCCCAAACAAAAGAAUCACGCUGGGCAAAACCCAAAGAGCUUGAAGAUCUUGAAGCAAUGAUUAAAGCUGAAGAAAACAGCAGUAAACCAGAAGAAUCAACUCCAACAUCUUCUGCUCCAGCUGUUGCAACAGAAAUUACAGAUACCGUCACUGCCGCCGCCGCCACCACCACCACCACCACCAGUGAGGUUGAAACUGCCGUGGCUACUACUGCAGCCACUGCCAUUCCUGCUGUAACGGCUGCUCCUGAGGCUGAAGCUUCUACAGUAGCUGCUGUUGUAGAAAAUGAAAGUACAGUAACUACAACAGCUGAGGAACAAGUGCAGCAAACUACUACUACCACCACCACCACCGCCGCCGCUGCCACAACCAUCGCCACCCCUGUUGUACAAGAGCAGAAUGCAGAAGCUGUCACUAACACUGUAGAGGAAACUUCUAAACAGGAGGCUUCAGUGGAUGUUGCUCCCAAAAAAGAGGAAGAGGACACCCAGCCAGUUAAAAAAACAUAUACAUGGAAUACGAAAGAAGAAGCAAAGCAAGCAUUUAAAGAACUGUUGAAAGAAAAGCGUGUACCAUCCAAUGCCUCAUGGGAGCAAGCUAUGAAAAUGAUCAUUAAUGAUCCUAGAUACAGUGCAUUGGCAAAGUUGAGUGAAAAAAAGCAAGCCUUUAAUGCUUACAAAGUCCAGACGGAGAAAGAAGAAAAAGAAGAAGCAAGAUCAAAAUACAAAGAAGCUAAAGAAUCCUUUCAACGUUUCCUUGAAAACCAUGAAAAGAUGACAUCUACAACGAGAUACAAAAAAGCUGAACAAAUGUUUGGUGAGAUGGAGGUCUGGAAUGCAAUAUCGGAACGUGAUCGUCUUGAAAUUUAUGAAGAUGUCUUGUUCUUUCUGUCUAAAAAAGAAAAGGAGCAAGCCAAGCAGUUACGAAAGAGGAAUUGGGAGGCUUUGAAAAACAUAUUGGACAACAUGGCUAAUGUAACAUACUCUACCACUUGGUCGGAGGCCCAACAAUAUCUGAUGGACAAUCCUACAUUUGCAGAGGAUGAAGAACUUCAGAAUAUGGAUAAAGAAGAUGCACUGAUUUGUUUUGAAGAACACAUCAGGGCUUUGGAAAAAGAAGAGGAAGAAGAAAAACAGAAGAGUUUGCUUAGGGAAAGGCGACGACAACGUAAAAAUAGAGAAUCUUUUCAGUUAUUUUUGGAUGAAUUACAUGAACAUGGGCAGUUACAUUCAAUGUCUUCCUGGAUGGAGUUGUAUCCAACUAUAAGUUCUGACAUCAGAUUUACUAACAUGCUUGGUCAGCCUGGUAAGACUACUUCCUCUUCCAACAAUGUAGAAAGUGAUACAGUUUUUUCAUUAGGAUCAACUGCACUUGAUCUUUUCAAGUUUUAUGUUGAAGAUUUGAAAGCACGUUACCAUGAUGAAAAGAAGAUAAUAAAGGACAUCUUAAAGGAUAAAGGAUUUCUGGUUGAAGUGAAUACUACUUUUGAAGACUUUGUUACGGUCAUCAGUUCAACUAAAAGAGCUACCACUUUAGAUGCUGGAAAUAUCAAACUGGCUUUCAAUAGUUUGCUGGAAAAGGCAGAAGCCCGUGAACGUGAGCGGGAGAAAGAAGAGGCUCGCAAAAUGAAGCGGAAAGAGUCUGCAUUCAAGAGCAUGUUAAAACAAGCUACGCCCCCAAUUGAAUUGGAUGCUGUCUGGGAAGAUAUCAGAGAUAGAUUUGUUAAGGAACCAGCAUUUGAAGACAUCACUCUAGAAUCUGAAAGAAAAAGAAUCUUUAAAGACUUUAUACAUGUACUAGAGCACGAGUGUCAACAUCAUCAUUCAAAGAAUAAGAAACAUUCUAAAAAGUCUAAAAAGCAUCACAGAAAACGGUCUCGCUCCCGUUCGGGCUCAGAGUCUGAUGAUGAUGAUAGCCAUUCAAAGAAGAAGAGGCAACGCUCAGAAUCUAGAUCAGUUUCUGAUCGUUCUUCCAGUGCAGAAUCUGAGAGAAGUUACAAGAAGUCAAAAAAACACAAGAAGAAAAACAAAAAGAGGAGACACAAGUCUGAUUCACCAGAAUCUGAUACUGAACGAGAAAAGGAUAAAAAAGAAAAAGAGAGAGAGAAUGAAAAGGAUAGACCUAGACAAAGAUCGGAAUCAAAGCAUAAAUCUCCUCCUAAAAAACGUCCUGGAAAAGAUUCUGGUAAUUGGGAUACAUCUGGGAGUGAACUGAGCGAAGGGGAAUUAGAAAAACAGAGAAGAACCCUCUUGGAACAACUGGAUGAAGAUCAAUAAGAACAUUAUUUAUACCAAAUACAUUUACAGUAGGAUUUAAUAAAAGAAACUGAUGUCUAAUUCAGGACAUGAGUUCUGAUAUUCUGAGUUCCAUUGUUGAAAUAACAGUGGGUUUUAAUGAUACUGCAUAAAAAAAUGCAUUCAAGUAAUAUCAUUAUGGGGCCUGGCAUCAAAUCUAGAAAAAACAGAGGAAAUUCAGAGUUAAAGUUGAAGUUCUGUUCUUGACUUGCUAGGAAGCAUAUAUAUUCUGUACACCCUAGAGCCCUUUGAUGAAUGGAAGUUGUUUCACUUCUGACUCUGGGUCCUGCCUACUCUGGCCAGGGAAAGUAUUAGCCCCUUUCUAGCAAUCCAUGUCUUAAAAAGUUCUUUCUGGAAAGGUGCUAAACCUGCUUUUAGAGGCCAGUGGAGACAAGCUAAAUUUCCUUUUUGGAAAGAUUCAAAAUGUAGUUUCUUGUGGCUUAAUUGUCUUUGUGUGUGUUUUUUUGUUUUGUUUUGUUUUUUUGGCAGGAGGAGGGAAAUGGAGAGGGAAUAAUGAAUCCAUUUCUUGAUUUAUUGUAGUACAGAGAAGCACCAGAAACAGAAAUUGCUUUUUUUGUGCACUACAUUACCGGCCAAACUUAUGGUUUUGAUAAUUUGUAUUAAACAAAAAAUGUGACUUCCUGGCUGAGACUUUCUAUGUCAAGUUUCAUCUUGGAGUGAAUUUUUAUGGUAAAGUUUUAAACCCUUACAAAUAGGUGUUUAUGAUGGAAAUCUGCUAGGCCUUUCAUUACAGUGGCACUAGAGGGCGCUGCUGUAAAAUAGCCACCAUUUUUAUUAAAGUAAAACCUGACAUAUAUUAAAAUGGCUGAGGGCAUUAUUUCAGCAUUUAUCUUGAUAAGAAAAUUUAACAUAAAAUCAAAUGGUAAAUUAAUUUCAAUAUGUUGCCUUAAGGACCUGCUGAAGAAUGUACCACCAAAUUUUAAAUAGCAGUUGCAAUAUUAAUGUAGAAAAUCAAUGUUAUUCUAAACCUUUUCUUUAAAAAAAAACUAGUAUUGUUUUUAAAAAUUCAGCUUCCACCUCCCACCCCCCUUUUGGUAGCCUCUGACCAGUUUUGCUUUGAGGAAAAGUUCUACUUUCCCUAUUCAGUGACAAGUAUUGACUACUGUGGUACACAUUCUGAAACCUUUCUGAUUUGAAUAUUUUUGUACAUUUUUAUCAAUUAUUAAAUUUUGUCCUCUAGCGUG